GCCGAAGCCACCAGCCGUGGCUGCUCUUUGUUGCUUGGAGCUUUGCACCAUGGUCACCACAGAACGGCCAUCCUGUCCAAAGUGCCAUGUGAAGCUUGGAGCCCGGCGCGGCAAGAAGCGCCAAUUGACUUAUCGCGUGUUCAAUUUGCGCAGCUCCAUCGGGAAGGAG